CGGUCCCCACCAGAAACUCAGAACCGUCGUGAACACGGUAGCGAUACAUAGUAGUCUCGGCACUCCGAGAACGCAUUCACCACGCUAGUUAAAGCUUACGCACUGUACGCUCACGCUUAGAAAUCAGUCCGAUCCGUUCCUGAAACACGGGACAUCGUUUGGUGACAAGUGACAGAAAGUGAGGAGCAACGAUCUCUUCUACAAUCGUAUCUAUGGCACCGUUGACGAGUUACACGCCGGUCGGCGGUAUGGAGUACGAGGAGCCGGUGUCGAGGACUUACCAGUACAGGAAAGUCAUGAAGCCGAUGCUGGAGAGGAAGAGGCGAGCCAGGAUCAACCGUUGCCUGGACGAAUUGAAGGAUCUGAUGGUGACCGCGUUGCAAGCUGAAGGCGAGAACGUGGCCAAACUCGAGAAAGCUGACAUCCUCGAGCUGACUGUACGCCACCUUCACACGCUGAGAACCGCGAGGAGGCUCACCCUGACGCCGGAGAACAGCUACGCGGACAGAUUCAGGGACGGUUUCACCCAGUGCGCGCAAGAAGUGUCUUCGUUUCUGUCGACUCCCGUGGCCGCUGCCGUUCACCCGGCCGCCGGCGCGCAGUUGAUGAGACACCUCGGUGGUUGCCUGAGACGACUCGAAGGGCCUGCCGCGAGUCCGAUUGGAAAUGCAACUACGACGGUGAAUACCGUGAGUAAAACGGCACCAGCUCUCAGCCCGGCCACCAACGUGACGGUCACCGUACCGCAAAACGUUUACACGCCGCCGCAGAGUCCUGUCAGCGUGGCCAGUUCCUCGGGAGAGUCCACCGAGUCGAACAACGCCGUUUGGAGACCCUGGUGAUGGGUGAAGACGAAAGAUGAUUUGCCUUGGAGAUUGUGAAUGAGGAGAAAACUGUUCCUUCCUGGUGAAGAAGCUGUCCUGACACGGGCGAACAGCGAAUAGGAGGGAAAACGACGAAUCAUUGUCUUCCACGUUUCGAAAAAUUGUUAGACCCCGUCCUAUUCAGGGCGUUCGGUUAACGAUAAUCAUAAGAACGACAACGUUUUGUAAAAUAAUUCAUUGUAUCCGGUACUUCUCUCGACGAAAUCUUAUCUAUAAUGUAUUUUUCUCUCAUUUCACGGUACUGUAAAUAGGUGACGAAGCUUUAAGUGACACGUCUGUGAUAGGGUUCAAUUUUGUACCUGAAAUAAAUCCCGUAAAGUAGAUUGAUUAUUAUCUAUUAUUAUAGACUUUAACUUGUUAUAUGUUUAAAAGACAGUUUUGUGGGCGAGAGAUACACGAUGUUUUCCCAUUCUUUUUUUUUUGUUGAGGAACUGAUCGUACAUUGUGCAACAUUGAAUAAACACGCAUUGUUUCAAAUUUCCUUUUCCUUUAUUUCUUCACUAUCAUUCUUUAGCAUAGAAUUAUAUCGUUAGUUAAUUUCUUAUUAUGUCAUAUUAUUUAGUAUCUACGAACAAAUUUCUAUGUUUAGUUAGAAGAGUUACAUGUCCUCUGUAGUUAUUACUUAAAUCGCUAAUAAAUUGUUGUAACACGUUAUAAUAAUUGUAAUACGUUCCUUUUCGAUAAUUAAAAUCAAUUUUUACUCAUUUAUUUUUAUGCGACUUACUAUGUGUAUAGUGCAUUUUCUGAAAACGGUACUUCUCAAAAUCUGUAUGUAUGAAACAUUGAAUUAGAAAUGUACAACCUGUAGGGUAUAUGUACGAUAUUCAUUCUUAUUCAUAUCGCCUUUUUACUACAAAUCCUAUAUUACAAUGUUAUCUACGAUUUCAUUUGUUAAAUAAAACCAAAUGUAAAACCUUGAA